GAGCGACGAGGGAGAGGAAUAAUAAGUGCACGAGGCGCCGCUCUUGCCGAACUUUUUCCGGGCCACGAGGCCUCCCGGCUCCAUCUUAUUUUAGAAUCUCGGUAGGGGAUCAGCCUGGCCAGGCCACGGUGGGUGAGUAACGAGGCUUGCCAGGUGUUGUAGGCGCAGCAGGGUGGGUCUCGUUUCGCACGGAGCCAAACAGAGGAACAUCCUUUGAUGGAAUUGCCCAAACAGGACAAGGCCCCUCGUGAAAGAUGUGAUCCUCACUGAGGCUUUGCUGGGCGUACGUGGACGUAUUUGCAUUUCGGAGCCGGGAGGCUCCUACGGGAGGCUUCUCGUUGCUUCGCUCCUCGCCGGUUGACCGCCCUGGCCAUCAUCCCCCCUCAAAUGUCUGCAGACUGACUUGUUGCCACGAUUGAAGAAGCUGCCAGUCGGCAGAUUAUAAUGGCUGCGUACGCAGCACCUGUCACGGUGGCCUUGGACAAGGAUGAGGUGCUGUCAUGCCCAUUCAACAAAAACCACAAAGUACAUGCUUGUCGUUUUCCGUACCACAUCGUCAAGUGCCGUAAGAACUACCCGAUGCUGGCGAGGGAGAUGGCCACGUGUCCCUUCAAUGCGUGCCACAUCAUGCCGCGGUGCGAGCUGCAGCACCACAUUUCCCGCUGCCCAGAACGCAGCUACGUGGAACGCGAGCUGAGCCACGCCAUGAAACCAUCCAACAGCGGUGUGUCGAUGGUGCUGCCUACGUCACCGUGCCACUCGGCGCAAAUGGAGUGCACAGAGGACUGGGAUAUAGAAAUUGAAUCGUGGACAAGAAAUUCUCGGGAGUUUACGUGGGGAGUUGGUUACAAGGAAAGAGAAAGUGGUGAAAUAAAUUUUAGCAACAUCCCUGCAAACAUGUCACCAUCUAUGAAGAUGCUGUUUAAGAAGCAAUUGGGGGAUGCCAUGGACAGUGAUCACAGCAUGGUGAAUAUCCGCAUCCCGUCUACGCUGCCAGACGUCCUCUCCGAGUGGAUGGAGGACUGUGUUGGUGGCCACCCGAACACGGGUCAAAGGAAGAAGCUGAUCUCACUGGCAGCAAAGUUUGAACAUCUGUCUGACUCAAGUAAACUGCAAAAUACUACGUCUGUGGAUGCCAGAACCAGCAUCAGCUCCCAUGCUGAUCUACGUGUGGGUGACCGCAUAGGCGCGGGUGGCAUGAAGCCACCUCUACAAAUUGCACCGUUCACUCCAACAAACGUUCAGCAGCAGUGAGGCUGCCUAAAGCCGUGAGGGUGCAGCAGGGCAACUCUGAUGUCACAGGGCUGUAAAAGGUCCUUAUUUGACUGGUGUAGAAAACCGCACUUGCAGCCGCAUGUACAAUCAGUCAACCAUACACGCACACCGUCAACAGCGCCUCGUCAAUCUCAAAUACAGACAUCCACGCAGCAAAUCGUAAAGUUGCACAAGAUAAAUCAGAAGGCCAUACAGUCAACCACACCAUUAAUUGUGUAACCACACGCACCGGGUAAUUGUGUUUCUUGGUGAAGUUGCUGUUCUGUUAAACUCCCUCCACAAUUCACAUGCAACCUUUUCUGUAAAUGCAUGAAAAACCCUGUCACAGCACAUAAAGAUAUGUUGCUCAAACAGCAGAACUCCCAUCAUGCCUUGCCCUCAACCUCGUAUGUAUGUUGAACUUAUUUUACACUGUACGUAGCCAACCGUGCAGCUGCAUAUUGUUUAGGCCGCCAACUUGAGAGUAAAAAACAUGUGCCCAAUUAUUUUAGCAUUUUCCCUUCUGUUAGUCUACUGUAUGCUUACAAAGGCACAAAUCCCACCGAGCAUUCUACAUUUACAAAGCUGAUCAAUGCUGUCAGACAGUUUUGUAACAAAAUAAAUGAGCAGACAAUAUCUCCAUGUCAGUAUUUUUUCCAGGGCUGAUUAUCACCUGCUGUAGAUGACUUCCCCUUGUAUAGUGUUGCUGUUGAUAGGAUAAAAAAUAUAAUUCGCUUCAUUGUGGAGAAUGCAAAUAUAAUGAAUGGGAAGACAAUUCGCCUCCCACUCAUAUCUUUACCUUUAUUACAUCAUCGACCACAUGGCCAUUUAGGAGUAUUUUUCAGUACCAUUGGGGUUUAAUGCAAGCACUUUGUGUGAUGGGAUGUGUAGGCUGUUGGGUCACGAGGCCUAUUGCAGUGAUUCUACGAGUUCUCGAAUCACUGUCUACUGCAUGUGUUAUGAAUGUUUCAUUGUGUUCCUGUGCCUCUGAUGUACUGAAAUCUUUACCAGCGGCAGCUGCAGGGCUUGCAACAUCUUCUUUACGACCCUAUUCAUAUCCACGACUUUUCCCAUGAGUCUUUGUGGAAUGGUAUCCUCUUAUCAAUUGAUUCACAGACGAGGAGUCGUGUGGCAAAUGUAACUAAUUUGUGGGUUAUCUGCAAUUGUUUUAUGCGCAGUGAUUAAAGCAGUUAAAUGGGCAGCAUUGCUUAGAUCGAACUGCACAAGACAACACCCAAAGACAUACAAGGAGACGCAGAACAAUAUGGCCAUCCAAUGCAGUUUCCACUGAAGCGCAAUUCCUAUUACGCAGAAUAUAUUUGUGGAUAAGUGGAGUUACGCAGUAAAUUCUGUUAACUGCAGUUAUCCGUCUUUCUAGUCCACAGAUAGUAAAAUUGUGGAUAA